AUGUCCCUUCCAGUUUCAGAUGCAGUUACUCCUACCACAAAACACACAGUUGAAGUCGAUGUCCAUCUGACUACUGAACAUCCCCAUCAUUUGGAUUUUUCAACCUCACAAGGAGGUGCUCAAGAGGCAGAUGAAUUCUAUGACGAAGUUGAAGUAGAUGCCAAUAUGUCUCCUGAUCAUCCCUAUGACUUUGAGAAAAAGAGACUGCAAAAGGAAAAGCAGAUUUCAGUGGAUCCUAUAUCCUUGCAAGGAUCAUCAAUGGAAAAGGCAAGCUUUAAACUAAUGUUGCCACCUCUACCACCUGCAAAAGGGUUCUUAAGUUGCAGCCUUCCAAACUCAGCCAAUUCAUCUCCUCGAUUUAACUCAGCUCCAUUGAAGAAGAAAUCAAGGGACGGAAGCAAAGCAAAUCCUAGGCAAGUCUGUAAUCUGGCACGCCAGCACUCGGCAGCAGAUGAUCAUGUGCUCACCCCCCUGCAACGAGAGACUUACUUACGAAGGAGCAAAUCGUGCUAUGAAGGAAGAGCGCGUGCAUCAGCAGAUGAUUUUGAACUUUGGUUGACUAAACCAAAUUCUAUUGAAUAUGACAACAAGAAUGAUAUCAGCUUUUCCAAAACUGAACCCAACAAAGAUAGUCAUAAGACUACAAGGAGCAUGGACGGUGGUGAUGAGGAAUUCAAAUGUGGUGCUUUGUGUCUAUUCCUGCCAGGCUUUGGUAAGGGAAAGCCAGUGAGAGCAAAGAAGGAAGUAGUAGAUAUCGAACAUGUGGUGAAUAUUGAAAAUGUGAUCUCUAGGAGAGUUUCCUUGGAAAAAUUUGAAUGUGGGUCUUGGGCUUCAUCAGCCAUAACACAUGACAGUGAAGAUGACUCUAAGAGUCUCUACUUUGAUCUGCCACUGGAGUUGAUCAGAACCAGUGUUAAUGAUGCACACUCACCAGUUACAGCAGCAUUCUUCUUUGAUAAUGAUAAAAAAGGGGUUCUCAAGAAUGGCUCCGCAAGAUCAACAGCCAAGAAAUCAGAUGAAUCGCCGCGCCAUGUUCGAUUCUCUCUAUCAUCCCCUAGAUCACACCCUACCUCACCGGCUUCUUGCAUUACACCUCGUUUGCGCAAGGCAAGGGAGGAGUUCAAUGCCUUCUUAGAAGCACAGGGUGCUUGAAAUGUUCUAACUUGUUUUG